UAUACUAUUUACUAAUAGGUACAGAGUAGGUACUUAAGUUUAUUGAAUUAGAUAAUUAUAUUGAGAAUUAUUGUUUUGUCAUUAUUUUUAAUUAAUGUAAUAGUAUGUGUACCAAAUAUCUAAAGUCUAAACAGCAGAAUAAUUAACGAAACAACUACAACCAUGUGUGCAUACUGAAUAGAAUAUCUAAGCUAAGAACACUUUUAUUUAAUAGAAUUAUUUUCAUAGAAUAACUUUCACUAGAUAUUAUCAUACUUGUAACUCGUAAGUAUGGAAAACUCUACGAUUAUUAGUGAAAUUACUCCUGUAUUCCGACCGUAUUUACAAUGUUUAUAUCAAGAUUUGGAGCUUGGUCUCUCCAAGGCAAAAGUAGAGUUAGAAAGAAUUUCCGGCAGCUUUGAGGGAAUCGACUGUCAAUUACGCUUAGUGCUGCCGUACUGUUCAAAAAAGCUUAAAUGGGAAGUUAUAUUUGACCCAAAUACACCUUGGUUUCCUCCUGAUUUUCGAUUUGACGAUGAAAAUUUUAUGAGUAAUGCCAAUGAAGAUAUCCUUGUUAAAGAGUUGCCUAGUUUAUGUAACUGGAAUGCAAGUGAUCCAAAGGCUCUAUGUGAUGUUAUUUCAGAACUAAUAAAGCUUUACAAAACUUACCAGAUGCAAAAAUUAAAUGAUGAAGAUUCCCGUGCCACAUUUGAAUAUAAUGCAUUACUAGGCAAUAUACUGACUACAGAACAUGAUGUGGAAGUCUGGGUUGGUGGAAAUUUAAUACAAUUCUUAAUUAAACUCAAAGUGCAAACAUCAAAACUGCCAGAUUUGUACAAUGAAGGAACAGAAAUAAAUCCUGGAAUAGACACAGCACUACUGCUUGUUAGGUACCCCAAUUCAACGAAUGCAGAACUUAUUUUGUCACCUUUUCUAUCCAAAGUAUUAGGCAACAUAACAUUACCUUUAAUGCAACAGGCAGGAGUUCUUAUGGAUUAUGUCCCUAUGGUCACAAAUUUACUGAAUAGCAAGAUUCAGGAUGUAAUCAGAAAUGACAAAUUGAAACGAGAGCUGCUUGCUCAGCUGAUAGUGAAGUACGAGGGAGCUGUCUUAGAACAUGACGCCACCAGUGCAGCCUUGCUUUUGGAAAUCAAUGAUUUCCAUUGGAUACUACAAAUUAAUAUUGGUAUACAUUUUCCCGAUAAGCCACCAGUAUUGACUCUACGUUCUGUAUAUCACAGUACCAAAGGUAAACCUAAAUCAAAGGUUUUACCGAACUGCCCGUACAAUAACUUUGAGGGAUACAUUGAACAGCAAAUUGAAAUAUUUAAGAAUGAAUGUAAGGGUAUUAUACCAAGUAGUCAAGUGCUUAAUAUUGAUAACUAAUAUUUUGUUAUAAUAUUAACUAUCAACCAAUAAAUAUCUACUUAUUGAAACAA